AUGCCACCGAAGAAGACAACUGCCCGGCGUCAGGCUUCAUCUAUCUACGCUGACGUUACAAGCCAGAAUCGCACAAAUGUGCUGGAAGCGGAAAGGGAUGAAGAAGUGCCGUUGGGCGAAGGCCGUUUCCAGAUGCAGGUCCUACUAGUGUCGAUGCUUGCGGGGACUACGUUCCUGUUGCACCUGGUAAGCUUUCGACUCACGACGCGCAUUAUGGACCACUGGUGUCGACCGACAGAAGCUUUCGCCAAUCUGAGCGUCGAAGAGUGGCGCCAAAUGGCCACACCCAUCGAAGAGGACGGCACCCGAAGUCGUUGCAGGCGUCGUGAACCACCCGACGGCGGCAGUGCAGCGUCUAUAGUAAGCUGUGAUGCCUGGGACUUUGACUACGCGCCUUACGGCAACAACAUAGUGAGUGAGUGGCGGCUGGUGUGCGACCGGCGGUGGCUCAUCGAACUGGCCGUGCUAACCUACAUGACCGCAUGCGUCAUCGCACUCCCUGUGGCAGGAGUUGCCGCCGACCGCAUUGGCCGCAAGAUCGUCAUGAACGUCUCGCUCGUUGCGCUGCUCGUGGCCGGAUUCACCACGAGCCUCGCCAACUCGUACCUGCUCUUCGUGGCACUGCGCAUAGUCGUGUCUGUGUCGAGCAACUCUCUGUGGCUCGUGCAGUACUCGGUCCUCUACGAGGUCUCGACGAUAGCGCGCAGAGAUUGCUACUGCUUCCUCUCCAUGGCGGUGGCCUCGAUCGCCAUGCCCCUCGUGGUAGCCGGCAUGUCGAGGCUGCGAUUGGCCUGGGAAGGGGUCCACCUCUUUCUCAUGGUGCCCACGACCAUGCUAGCUGCUGCGUUCUACACAGUGGGCGACGAGUCGUGCACGUGGCUCGUAGCCACGAUACAACCUCGGAAAGCCGAGCGUGUCGCCCUAAAUGCCGCCCGCAUGAACCACGCAGACACCGAUUACUGCCGCGCUUGGUUCUCUUCCGAGGUGCGCAAGGCUGAGCGUCGAAGCAGCGAGCAUCUCACCGAGCACAACGUCCUCACCAUGUUCAAUCCACAGCUGAGGAGACGCUUCGUGCUGCUGUGCUACGUGUGGUCCUCAUUGUCGUUCUCCUUCAACCAAGUGAAUCUGAAUGACAUCUUCCCCGUCAAGAAGACAAUCUCCUUGGCCGGCAUCUUGGGAAUGGUGCCAAUGUAUGCUGGGGCCUACGGUUUCAUGUCGCGGUACGGUGCAAGGCGUUCUUGCACGGUGACUAUGAUCGUCUUCAGCUUCGUCGCAGUUGCCCUGACUGGUUUGUACGGCAGCGAAAAGCACACGUCCAACGCGGUGCUCGUCGUGAUUCUCCGCAUGCUGGCCAAUCUGUUUGUAGUGCUUGCUUUCGUUGUGACCGUACAGUACUACCCGGUCAGGGUGCGCUGUACGGGCAUUUGCGUGGGUUUCGCUCUGGGCAGACUGACCGGAUCUCUGGGAGAGAUUGUGUUUCGGCUGUUUCCCAAACACCGCCGAGAUAUCAUGAUAGCCUUCGUUGCUAUCGUAAUGGCGUUGUGCUCCAUGGCCGUGGAGUACCUUCCGCACAGAGUCCCCGACAUCACCGUGCUAACUGGAUCGGCGCGCCCUCCUUCCAGACAUGGCAGCACGUUCGCCGGCGACGAGUUCAGGCGCUCGCUUCAGGGCUCGUUGGGUCCACUGCCCAAAGGACCCGUCAAGGCGCGUUCUUCCAGGGAACGCCGUUCGAGGAGUGAGUCGUUGCCCGAGCAGUUUUCGCUAAGGGCUUCGAGCAUCUCCCAGUCAUCUGUUGUGCCAAAGCGCUGA